GUGCAUGGAGGCUCUGGUUGUGUACUGCUGGUCGGGGAAGGAGGAGGAGCCCUACGUCACCAUAACCCGCAAGCGGCGGCUGCGGAAAGGCUAUGAGGUGGAGAUGGAGCAGGAGGUGGGCCACUCGGUGCGCCGGCUGGCCACGCACCGCAAUGCCUUCAAGCGCAUGGCGGUCAUCCAGGCCUUCCUGGGCUCCACACCGCAGCUCACCCUCCAGCUCUACAUCAGCGUCCUAGAGAAGUACGUCCCUGCCGCCCGAGCUGUCCUCAUGGGCAUCUGCCUGGUGUCGGUCACCUAUGGAGCGCUCGUCUGCAAUGUCCUGGCCAUCCAGGUCAAGUACGAUGACUACAAGGUCCAGCUGCGGCCCCUGGCCUUCCUCUGCAUUGUGCUGUGGCGCAGCCUGGAGAUCUCCACCCGCGUGGCCGUCCUUGUGCUCUUCAGCACUGUCUUCAAGCACUGGAUCAUCCCCAUCGCCCUGGCCAACCUCCUGGUGGUCUUCUUCUUGCCCUGGGUGCAGUUCUGGCGGAGCGGCACCAGCCUGCCCAACAACAUCGAGAAGAACUUCAGUCGGGUGGGCACAGUGGUGGUGCUCUGUGCCUUCACCCUCCUCUACGCCAGCAUCAACAUGUUCUGCUGGUCAGCCGUGCAGCUCAAUCUGGCCGACCGGGACCUCAUUGACAAGUCACAGAACUGGGGCCGCCUGGCCGUGUACUACGUGGCCCGGCUGGCAGAGAACACAGCCCUGGUCAUCCUCUGGUACUUCUUCAAGACAGAUGUCUACGAGAACAUCUGCACCCCGCUGCUGGUGGUGCAGCUGCUCCUCGGCUACUGCCUGGGCAUCUACUUCAUGCUCCUCUUCUUCCAGUACCUUCAUCCCUGCCGCCAGCUCUUCCAGCACAACGUCGCUGACUUCCUGCACUGUGUCUGCUGCCGCCGGCACCCGCUGGGGACCCCUCUGCAUCUUGAGGUGCCCCACGAGCCCGGUGUGAGGCACAGCAUUGUCUGA